ACAGAACAUAGUAACGUUUUACAAAGCAAACAAAACAUAUAGUGAAAAUGGCAGCCAAAUACGAGGUAGCUGAAGAAUGCGCUGACGGUCCAUAUUACCUUGAGAAAGUUUUGAUUCCCGAGGACUCUGAAGAUGAUUAUAAAUAUGAGGAAGUUUCUGUGGACGAGCUAAGCGUAAACGACGGAGAAGAGGAUUUGGAAACUGCGGUUAAAGCAGUGCGAGAUGCCCCCGAGUGCGCAACACAGACGCUCACUUCGGCCAAGCUGCCAGUUUCUUCAAUACCUGAGGUGGUGGAUGACUUUCUCCGCAACUAUCUAGUAAAAAUGGGCAUGGAGAGAACGCUAGAUUGCUUCCAAACCGAGUGGUUUGAGAUGCUACAGAAAGGCGUAUUAAAAGCAGAGCAAACUGAACUUGUUCCAGACGCCUAUACACACAACCAGCUGCUGGACAACGAGCUAAAGAAUGCACAGAGAGAACGAGACAGCUACAAACAGGCUGCUUUUGAAGCUGGAGAGACCAUAGUGAAACUUCAAAGAGAGAGGGACUUUCAUAGGAUGCAGCACAAACGUGUCGUUCAAGAGAAGAAUAGGCUUAUUGAAGAUUUAAAAAAGCUGAAGAAGCACUAUGCAUCCUACGAGCCUGCUCUUAGACAACUUAAUGAGAAGUAUCAGACGGCUCUGAGGCAGAAGAUGCUGAUCAGCCUGGAGAGAGACAGAGCCGUCAGCCAAUCCCAAAACUUAGACAGCACCCUUCGUAUUGCACAUUCAUCCUCGGGAUCCCAAACACCUGCAAAGGUUGUCAGUCCUAAAGAGAAAAUUCAGAAGAGUCCAGGAAGAGGAAAACAACCACCUGACGUUGCAUUGAUGGAUAAGGAUACGAAACAUCCCAAAGACUCUGAAUUCCCAGCAAGCACUCGUGUCAAUCCCUAUUUGCCACAAAUCAAAGCACUUUCCUCCCUGAACACCAAAUCAUCCAACUUCUCUCUCUCAAAGUCGUUUAAAGCUCACACCAUGGCAGUAAGUUUCCUCGCUCUUCAUCCCCGUAAGAUGAUAGUUGCUUCCUCAAGUGAUGACCAACUUUGGAGAUUAUGGGGAAUACCGGAGGGAGAGCUGAUCAUGACUGGUGAAGGUCACACUGAUUGGCUAUCAUCCUGUAGUUUUCAUCCCAGUGGGAAUUAUUUGAGUACAACAAGUGGGGACACAAUGGUUAAGAUUUGGGACUUUGCUCAAGGUCGAUGCAUACUCAACUUGGAGGGGCACACCCAUGCCACCUGGGGCUGUUCGUUUCAUUCCUGUGGUGAUUUCGUGGCCUCUUGUUCGAUGGACAAUACAGCCAAAGUGUGGGACUUGAAUAGCGAGCGUUGUCGCUGCACUCUGCGUGGACACGUUGACUCGGUCAACAGCAUUUAUUUUCUGCCCUACUCAAAUAUUCUACUUACCUGCUCCGCAGACAAGACCCUCUCUCUCUGGGAUGCUCGUGCUGGAUUAUGUGCCCAGACUUUCUAUGGGCAUAAGCAUUCAUGCAACCAUGCAACCUUCAAUGCUGUGGGGGACACGGUUGCAUCGUGCGACUCUUUUGGGGUGGUCAAAUUAUGGGAUGUAAGAAAUGUAUCCGCUAUGGUGACUAUGGACACUGGGCCUCAUCCUAGCAAUCAGGUGGCCUUUAGUCCAAAUGGGAGGAUGCUGGCAGUUGCAAGUAAUGAUGGAUGUGUGAAAAUGGUGGAAAUUGCAUCUUUACAUGUGUCAAGUCUAACAGGUCACGAUGAUGCGGUUCAAAGUGUCAUUUUUGAUCAUAAAGGGCAAUACCUUCUGUCUGCAGGGUCAGAUGGUGAAAUUCUUAUCUGGGCCUAACAAUAAAAUGUCAAUGUUUGAGAGACA